AUGAGGCAAGUUGUGAUUCCGUCAUUGGACGGCGGAGCUGGCGACAGCGACGAAGACUACAGGGAUGACGACUCCGAGGUUGAGCCCGCCAAGAUGUUGGACCAGGAUGAGGUACAGGCAGCCUUUGACGACAUCCUGGAUCAGGCGAAGAGCCAGAAGUUGAACCUGGGUAGGAAGGAGAAUCGCCAAAAGUUCAUGCAAGCCUAUGGACACUUGCUGGCACGGACGACCAGGGACUCGGCACAGACGCUCCUCCACCUAAUCGCGAGCACGUUGGGACACAAGUCCCUCACUCGCUGUGUCAUCAGGAACCAAAAGACACUUCUGAGCUACACAGAUGAGGCUGGCAAGACUCCUCUGCAUCUAGCCAUCGCCAAGAAGAACCUCAAUUUUAUCGAUGUCGUUGUCGAUGAGAUCGAUGACCUGGACGCUCUCCUUCAAAUGCGGUGCGAGCACGCUAGAAACUGUAUCCACGCAGCCAUCUACCACCAUCUGAAGCCUGAAAGCACCAUCGCGCUGAUCAAGGCCGCGUCUGAAGAGACCCUGCGAGCCACGGACCAAAGUGGUCUGACACCCCUACACCUGGCAGUCGACUACAAGUAUGCAUCGGAAUCACACUUGAGAAUUGUCCAGGCGCUCAUUGCCCAUGGAGAUGGAGCCCUGGACAUCUUCACCAAAGAUCCCAAAGACUUAUCUGUAUACGAGUACCAUCAGUUCACGCGGAGUCUGUGGCGGAAGCGGUUGGAGGACUCAGUCUCCGCCCGUCUUGCAGAAAAAAGGCAAGAGAAAUUCGCAGGCUCAACCCAAGGCCAGGAGAACGAGCUUACUGGCGAGAGAGCCUCUUUUGAAGGAUCCCCGGAGCGCGUCAGUCGGAAAGACCGAUUUGUCCCUGAGCAACGAGGCAAAGAUGGUCGAAGGGGACCGACCCUGCCAUCAGUUGGCAUCCAUAGGCGAGAUUCUGAACUAGUCGACGAGCCCACUUCGGGCCCUAAUACAUAUGGUCAUCAUCAAAGGCGCACAGCAGCAGAAGACGGGAAAUCAGCUGCCGAUGGUUUGCCAGGCGUUGAAGACUUCAAGCUGCUGAGAAGGUCAACAGCUGGUGCCUCAAAGACCGGCCAAAAGGGCGAGGACAACACGCGGCUCCAGGAGGAGGAAAAGCGGAAAGCCGAAUACGCAGACACGAUCUUACGAGAAGUCAAACUCUAUUAUCUUCGCACGACAUUGGAGACAGACUCAAGGUUUGCCAGCAGAGAUCAACACAACGCCGUGAGGUUUCUACACGGCGCCAACUUCAACAAUAUCAGUCUGUGUUUCGACUACUCCGAGGCUCCAGCCGAGAUCUUUGAGGACUCAUUCAUACAGAGUUAUGACCACAUGAACUUUGAUCAAGUUUUACGUUAUGUCUCAUUCCGUAGAAUCGAGCUCCAGAAACCCCCGGCGCCAAGUCGAGAGUCAAGACUGACCAAGCACCGGCCCGCGAGGCCAAAGACUGGACGAGGGAGGAGUGACCUGACCGUCUUCUUCGGCUGGCUGCAGAGAAAGGGGGUUAAACACAUCCUCAAAGUCAUCGUGGAUGAUCUCAAGGACCCACCGCAUAGUGAUAAGGCAAUCGAAGAUUGCUUGAGGCCAUUCGAGGUGGAAGUCCUGGACUGGCGCAAAGUUGACUUGUGCCCAGAGACCAUCUUGACUGCCUGUCGAAACGUGAGGCAGCUCCAUCUCCGAUGGAGUGAUAACAGGGCCAUCCUUAGGGCCUGGAGCGAGCCGGAAGGACUGCCAAGGCUAGAAAAUCUAGAGGCAGUGCAUCUCAUGUGGGAUGAUGGGCAGGCCUUAGAGUCGGCUGACCGCAUCAACAUGUAUGUGGAGGAUUUUAAAGAGCGGCUAAACGAGUCAGCUACUCGCAAUAUGAAUGAGGCAGAUGCGCUUGGUGGAGAGAAAACCCAAGAAACGAGAAGCAUUCUCGUUUUCAAACGCAAGACAGACGUUGCCGGCAGCGAGCGACUUGUUCAGCAGGGCGGAUUCACAAAGACGCAAAGCGGCACUAACGAGAUGAAUCUACAGUCCAACAGAUGGCUCAACUGCAUGGACAGGUUCGCUGAUGAGAUACAGAACGUGCGCUUGGAUGACAUCAAGCCUCAGCACGACAUCAAGGUCGCCUUGAUCGACGACGGCGCCGAUCCCUACGUGGAAUCGCUCCGUGGCAAGAUCAGGGGCGGAGAAUCCUUCGACAGGGGUUUCCCACACGAGAAUGGACCAAGUCCCUAUUACAGAUCCAGCAAGGGCCACGGAACUGUCAUGGCAGACAUGAUCUGUCGAGUGUGUCCGAUGGCCAAGCUGUAUGUCUACAAACUGGAGAUGCAGCCCAGCCUCAACCUGGCAACGCAAACUCCAGGGCAGGAAUACAUUGCUGCAGAAAGCGCUGCUCUAGCUGUGAGGGCAGCAAUAACCCAGAAAGUAGAUAUAAUCUCCAUGUCCUGGACGGUCAAGGAUACCGAGGACAACCAUAAUGGCAUCAAUGGCCUGCGUGAGGCGGUCAAGGACGCUCUUAACUCAGGCAUACUCCUCUUCUGCGCUGCCGCCGACACAGGCGCCGUCACCGAGGUCGAGUACCCUUGGUCCUUUGACCAGCGCCGCAUCUUCCGGAUCGGGGCGGCGACGGCUGAUGGCCGGGUAUGGGGCCCGACGGGUAGCCCGCGAGACCUGAGCUUCAUCGUGCCCGGUCACAAGGUCGUGUCGCGGAACCCACACCGGGAGGGAGCAUUGCCGGAUGACUUUGAGGAGCGGACCGGCUCGUCUGUGGCUACGGCUUUGGCAGCCGGCCUAGCAGCCCUCAUCCUUCACUGUGUCCGUCUCGGAGCUAUCCACACGGAACGAGAGGCUUUGCGUGGUGUCCGAUCGCCCACGGCAGUCAGUGACGCUGAUGUCGAAAGCCUCAAGAAACAUCACAACAUGCACGGUGUUCUCCGUGCCAUUGGUCUUGACGAAGGUCAGCAACGUUUCAUUGAGGUGUGGCGGCGUUUCGAUGGCCCGGCCCAGGAGCUCAAGUCACCCGGCAUCAACUCUUCAGGUGAGGCCCUGGAUGUUGUAGCCAAGUUAGCUCGAGAUCUCGUUUCCGGCAUUGCAGGUGGGAGUAGCUAG